AUGGAAAGUCAUCGGGAAAAAGGCGAGAUUUUCUUAUUUAUUUUUUGGGGAAAAUUUCAUUAUUCAUGAAAUAUGCAAAUUUUGAAAAUUUUCAAAAAUUUUUUAUGUUUAAACUUUUUUUUGAGACCAAAAAAUUUGAUAUUUUAAAUUGUCUUGAAAAAUAAGAUUUUUGGUAAAAAUUUGCAUAUUCAAUUUUUUCUAAAAAAUUUGCAUAAUUAUUCAUAAAAGUUUUUGGGAAUUUCCAUAGGCAAAAUUGUUUUGUUUUUUCAAAUUUCUGUAAGACCAUAGCAAUUUUUUAUUAUAUAAAAUUAAAAAUUUGCAUACAUAUUCAAAGAAUUUAAAGAAAUUUGCAUAAUAUGUAUGCAAAUUUUGGAAAUAAAAAAAAAAAUUUUACUUCAACCAUUUUUUGAGGCUAAAAAAUUGAUUUAAAUCGUCUUGAAAAAAAUUGCAUAUUCAACUUUUUUGCAAAAUUUGCAUAAUUAUUCCUGCAAAUUUUGGGAAUUUGCAUAGUCAAAUUUUUUUUCGUUUUUUACAAAAGUUUGCUAAAAGUAAGGAAAAUUUUUAUUUUCAAAGUUCCAAAAUUCAAAACUUGCAUAUUGAAAUUUUUUUUCAAGAAAUUUGCAUAUCAAAAAAACAAAAAAACUUUUCAUUAUUUUAACUCUACAGUUGAAAAAAGUCAUCCAAAAAAUUUUCAGAUUCGUCAAUCGAGGAGGACGAGCCGAUUGGCGAACGAGAAGAAGACGAUGACAGUUCCGAUUCCGAGCGGUAUCUGCUGUUCAAUUACGCAAACGCCCCCACUUCCUCCACAACACCGCAAUUCCGCCUCGAGCUCAGCGCGUUGGACGCGGAUAGCGGGGAUUCCAGCACCUUGGCGUCCGUCACUUUCCGAGGCGCCAAAGACUACGAGCAAUUGGUGCAGGAUGUAAGUAUUCAACUCUUUUACUAUGUAAUUAAAGAGGUAAAAGCGAAAGCUCAUUUUGUUUUUUGAAAUUUUAAAAAGCGAUUAAUUUAUAUACAGUCAAAUGGGGCAUCUUCGAUAUAUUGCUUCAAUUUUACAACAUCAUUUCUAAAAAUACUAACUUUCUGACCAUUCUCACCAAGUAUAAAAUUGCUUUCGUCUGCUAUGUUUCGCUGAUGAUAGUUAAUUCAUUGGGACAAUUUCAAUUAGAAACGUUUCCAUCGCAAGCUGUGGCAUAUGAAAAGUGCCGGGGCGGCGAGGAAUUCGGUGAAUCCCUCCCCUCCUCCCAUUCCUCCACGCAAUUCCCAGCGGGCGCUGGAGUCGGGUAAAUUCGGCGGAAAGUCCUCGAAAGUCAGCGGUUCUUUAUUAAUUUAGGGCUGGCCCAGGAAUUGUUCGGCGACAAAAAUGAAAAACAUUUUUUUUUCGUCGUCUUCAAUUUUUCCCAUCUUCCUUUCUCCGUGCCGGCACGGCGUCUGUUUCGCUGCUGCGAAGCGCCUCAUUGCUUUCACGGGGCGGAUCGUAAGGCAAUUUGUGGAAGAGGGGCGAGAGCGAAAAGCGGAUACAAAAAAUGCCCAAAUUAAAUGCGGAAUGAGAGCGUGGUGUCGCUAAUUCCGGAGCUGUGAGGCAUGCAACAACCCAUGCAGUUCCCCGCCAGCGAUGUCAUCGUCAAGGUAAGCGCAGGGACAUGGGGUUGGCACAUGGAGGAUUUGAUGAGAAAUCAGGGCUUUAUGGUCGAAAAAAUUGCUUUUUUAUCGUGUUUAUCCGUUAGUGUGUCGGGAAAAUAAUGCACAGAAGCUGCGCCGAUCGCAUCGCUGAAGUGAAAAGCAACAUGUUUUUCUCCGCGACAAAAUUCAUUUCUCUGCGGAAAUGCGAUUUCGAUGCGACGGAGUGCUUAUUAUUUUCCCGACAUUUUUUCGCUUUUAACAGGGGAAGUACUCCAAGUGCGACGCUCAGAUUUUCUUUAAAUUUUGCACACACGUCGGGUAUGGACUAAAUAUCAAUUUCUGAAAGUUUUAGCUCGCGCUUUGCAGGCGCCGCCGAGAUACCGAACGAUUUUUGCCGCCGAGAGAGCACGCUAAACGAGGAGAGCGGUCAGAGGGAAAAACGCUUUGGCAGUUUCGUACGGAAAAAUUUCAUUUUUUGUAGAAAUAUUAUCCUUUACGUACCAUUUUGCAUUCGGGAGGUAUCAAAAAAUGUGGCAAAACACCUCCAAGAAAAAAAGCUCCGAUUUCAAAAGCGCGCCCGCUCUUUUUGUGAGGGAAAGCGCCUUUCAAAACGAGGUUUUUUCACUUGGAGAGGGAAGCAUUUUGCCACAUUUUUGAUACUUCCCGGAUGCAAAAUGGUACGUUUUUUGGAUCACCUCCACCACCGUACGAUGUCGCUAUCUCAGUUGAAUCUGAGGCCCUCGAGAAAUUCCCACAACUUCCUCUUUUUCUGAAAUAUCGGUUAUUUUCCAGUCCAUUUUUCCGCCACUGUUCACCCAUCCCAUUAGCGGAUAUGUUGUGCACAUUAUGUAUAAAAUCUCCAAAAAAGCCAAUUCGCCGCGGAAAUGCCACUAAUUUUUAUGCGAUCACGCAACGCCCAUUUAUCACCAAGGUAGUGCCGCGUCUACUCAAGAAAUCUGCGGGUGUUUUUUCUUCGAUUAUAUGUCGGUCCCGGGGGGUUUAAUGUUGUUUGAGGUGCAUUGGGGAAGGAGUGGAAUUAAAUUUGGCAGCUGAAAAGGUUUGCGGGCUUUUGGAGGAGCUCAAAGUUGGGAAGGUGUUCCGAAAUUGUGCAACGGAGCGGGCUAGAGGUGUUUGGCGAAGGUCGGCAAGCUGAGUGAGAGGAGAUGGUAAGUCGAGGAGGAAAAUUAAUGCUCCCUAAAAAAUUAAGUCUGUCGGGAAAAUAAUGAGCGCAAUGUCGCUGCGCCAAUCGCGUCACUGAAGUGACAAGCAAUUCGAUUUUGCCUCGACACUCAUUUUCGCGGUUGGUGUAUGAUUUUUGAUGCGACCGAGUGCUCAUUAUUUUCCAGACACCCCCACAGGCAGGCCAAAAAGUCAUGACUUGGUCGCACAGUGUGCCAUCGUGCGAAAAAUUGUCACGAAGCCGAGUGAAUGCAUCCGCACAGUGCGAAAACAUGUCAAGAUUUUAAGUCCGCCUAUUAGCUUUUUCACAAAGUGCCUCGACAUUUUUUUGCUUUUGCACGGUGCACCUCAAAUUUUUGUCGCCAACACACUGUGGAUUUUUGCCUUUUCGCACCGUGCAAACCUCAAAAAAGCCGAUUGCACUGUGCACAUUUUUGAGCAGAGCCGCAGCGGCACAGCUGAGAAAAACUUACGUUGCACGGCAACCCAGGGAGUCUCCCGCCUCGUUUUGGCACUUUGCGCACUCAGUAUCGAUCGGAUUCACAUGAAAUGUCACAACAGAAUUUUUCGUCUGGUUUUUCGGUGGAAAAACAUUUUUCUCGAAACUAUUUUAUUUCUGUUGUCAGUUAUGACACUUCGUUUUUUGUGAAACUGCUAAUAUUUACACCAUGCGGUCACACCAGUGUGUGACAAAAGUUGAUGGAACGCUGACUCUUGUAACUUAUGCUUUUCAGCGGCAGCUGAUAUAUUCAGCGGUCUUAGCAGACUCUCCUUUUUUCAUAUGUUCUCUCAGACCGUUGAAUGUAUUGUAAACACUACAUAGUCUUUUUGCUACCUCUCACAGUCGUCACAAUCGAACAUGUUAAACAAUGUUUUUAUAGGUCUUCCCAUUUGCAUGAGGUGUUGGGUUAGUUUGGUUUCGUCGUGACGACCUGUUUUCAUAUACGCAUUUGCAGCACGUCACGGAAGCGACGUACAUUCUAAAUAUUAUGUGAGAGCGUGUAAUAAGGGUUCAGGGUACAAAUUCUACUCCCAAAAACUUCCUAUUUAUCAGUCUGUCGGGAAAAUAAUGGGCAUAUUUUCGCUUAAAAAGCAGUUUUAUUUUGCUGCGACACAAUUCAUUUUCUCGGCGGGUAGAGUGCUCAUUAUUUUCCCGACAGACUGAUAUUAGUUUUUUCAUAAAGUGCAUGGACAUUUUUUCGAUUUUAAGUUUUUGUUGGAAUUUUUUUGAUUUUCUUGAUAUCCGUCUGUCGGGAAAAUAAUGUGGAUUGUUCCCGCCUUGAAAUCUCAUUAUUUUCCCGACAGAUUGAUAUCACUUUUUUCAUAAAGUGCAUGGACAUUUUUUCGCUUUCGCACAGUGCAUUUUGAACGUGAAAUCGCUGCGACACAAUUCAUUUUUGAUGCGAUUUUCGCCGCUACUAAUGUCGAGUGCUCAUUAUUUUCCCGACAGACCAAUAUUAGCAAUUUGGCAGCCCAAAUUGUCAAACAAGAACGUUUCUGGAGCCCUUGAAAUUACAUUCCCCCAAAAGCCCAUUAUUCCCGCUUGUUUCUCCGGAGGGUAUUUGUUGAUGUUAGGCGUGUUAAGCGGUUUGACGGCGGUCUCGGAUUGCCGAAACUCAAACAAAUUAUUUUUUGGGGCCGGUUCAGGGGAAAGUGCGAAAAUUUUGUUUGACGUCUGAAAAUUUUGUCUCUGAAAAAAUAAAGUUGGCUUCGGAAGGGAAGGACGCAAAGUGCGACGCUCAGAUUUUGAUGAAACUUGGCACAAAUUUAAAUUCAUUUUUUCUAAGACCGACGCCAAAUUUCUAGCUUUCAUUUUGCAAAAACGACCGAGAUUUUUAUGUCGAAAGUUGGAAAAAAGUAAAAUUUUUUUUUGCGAAUUUUACCCUAAAAUUUUUCAUGGUGAUUUCUACCCUAGAGGGUAAUAUUUCCACAAAAAAUCAAUUUUUUCAAUGCGAAACUGGCAAAGAUACGGCCAAAAUAUGAAUUUAUCUCUAUCCGCUAUCCGCGUUUCCAGUGCUCUCUCAGUGAAAUUGAGCGCAAAUAUCGUUGAAUAUCUCGGCUGCGUCUGCAAAGCGCUAGCCAAAAUUUGGGGUUUUUUUUGUCAUUUUCGGGCAACGCAAAACAUCAAAUUUUGGUAGCGAGGAUCACCGAUUUAUUUUUUGAAUAUUACAGUAAUCUUUAUUGACAGAUUUUUUUUUGCGGUUUUGCGAGAUAAAAAUUAAAAAAAAAAAGAAUCCAACCUCAUUACAGCGAACCGCAAAGUCAAAGAAAAUUUAUCCGUGAUAAUACUAUCAGUCUGUCGGGAAAAUAAUGAUGACAUGGUCGCUGUGAGGAUUUGGUGAUAAAUCAGAGUUUUAUGGUCCAAAAAAGUUCAUUUUUUAUCUUGGUUAUCCAUUAGCCUGUCGGGAAAAUAAUGAGCAUUGCUGGGAGACUUAGAUGAGACCAGUUAUCAUUUAGAGUUUGUUACCGCAGGAAUAUAUAGCAGGAAAAGCCAUCAAACCUUUCGUCGCUUUUCGUUUAGGGAAACUUCGUUUCUCUGACUGUCUGCAGUCUCCUCAGACUGAUAUUAGCAUUUUCAUAAAGUACAUAGAUAAUUUUUCGCUUUUGCACAGUGCAUUCGAUUUUUUUUUAUAGAAGCUGUUCGUUCUACAGAGUUUCUACUGUAAACUGUUUAAGCCCUAUUUCAAAGCGAUAACAAUUUAUCCGUAGCCCUUCUGGAUUGUUCUCUCGAAAUACGCUUACCGUAACGCACGACUCCUCUUUUUUGCAGACUAUGCGUAAUCCCCUCACAUAUUUAUGAGAUUACAAAAUAAGUUUUUGGGCGAAACUCUUUUUGAGAGCUUGCUCUUUAUGGUCUUUCGUUUCUGUUUCGUAAUUUCUUGAGAAAUUUCCCAGAUUCUUUUUUUAGUUUGGGCUUUUUGCGUCAUUACGGUGGGACAGGUCACCGUUGUUUAUAUUUAUAAGCACGAUGCUGCGUGGACAGUAUUUUAAACCGAGGGGUUUCGUUGGUUUUGUCAUUGCAUGAGAGGAUCAAGUCUUUGGACCUUAGUUUUUGGUAGUUUGUCAGCAUGUUUUAAGCUAGAUAAAAUUCUCAAAAAUUGAGGUAUUGCCUGCACCUAGCGUCCCUGCAAAAUUUGAUAAAUAUCCGUAGGACGCGUUUUGAAUAUCAGACUGUCGGGAAAAUAACGAGAAAAAGAGCGCUGCGAGAAUACGAGUUGCUUGAGGGCACACGCCGAAUCUGGUGGUAAAAAGCAUACUCACCGUCGUUGUAGGUCCCUAAAUAGUGUUUUAGGAUAACUGAACCAUGUUACUUACUCAAGGUAACUGAGAAAACUUUAGUUAUUUUAGGUGAUCAGAAAGUUUUGUCCACCAAUUUUUGGAAAACCUGCAUAACUCGCCUAAAGACAGAGGCACGAAAAACAAUUUUAUGUGGCAGAUUCUGCCUGCCAUGACUAGUAUACAUGCCAAGGUUCGAAGUGAUUGCGUUAUAUUCACUUGAGAUAUGGAUGGUCAGAAAUUUAUGUCCGGGAGUAUACCUCUUUUUCUCCGCGGCGAUUCAACAUGCGCCUUAUUUUCCCGACAGACUGACUGAAUACUAGGUAGAUUAUACCUGUUGCCAAUUCUCCCGACAUCACAGUUUUUUCGAAGUUUUUUGGAAGCUCAUUUUUAUUUGAAUCAGGACCGUACCAUCUUGUUUCUGGCAGUAAAUCUUCUCUGGGAAAGAUACGGUGCAAAAGUUUUGUUCUUAUUGUCUCUCCUCAUUUCCCAUAGUGUCUGGUCGGCAAAAAUUGUUGAAUAUCUCGGCGGUGCUUAAAGAUCAAUUCAAUUCAAUUUAUUUCCGCUAAUCAUCUAACAAAAGUAGAGAAACGGGCCAUGAUUCGGGGCCAAGAUGGGGAUGCCACGUCGGUUCUCCAGUUCUGUCCCACCAUGUUCAACUUGUAGGAGUUCAUAAAGUCGUCUUCCCAGCGCGUUCUUGGUCUUCCCAGCGGCCUUUUGGUAUCGGGCUUCCAGUUCAGAAGCCGUGCUUCCCGUCUUUCCUGGUCUCCUUCCACAAUCUUCUUCGCAAAUUUCCACUUCCUCUUUCGAGCUUCUUGAAUCACGUCUUUCAGCUUGGUUCGGCCUCGAAUCGUCACGUUCGGCACACGAUCGAUAAGUCGGUGGCAGAGACUUAUCUCGCGAUGCUUAAAGAUCGCGAGCUAAAAUUUCCAGGGAAAGAUAACUGGCCUAGAUAGCUGAUAAAAGCUAAAUUUGGAAAAAAUUGCGUGAGUUCAAUUUUGUGAAAUUGCUUUUUUACGAAAAUCUCACUUCUUUGAACACCUUUUUCUCAAAACCUCCCCGUAUAAGGCGAUUUCCUCAUUUUCUGUAGUCAAAAUCUCCUUUUUAAAGCCCUCUGUAUUGCCACCCCAUCACUGAAAUUGUUAUGUUAAAUAGCUUUUGAUUUACACAUCAUUUACACGAAUAUUAAUGAAAGGGAAGCAGGAAGAAGAGGGCAUUCGCUUAAUCCUCGAAAAGCGUCUCGACAACGGAUGAUGUGGCCAUGUGCAAACAACGACGUAGAUUUCUGCGUAUGUUUACACUCACUUCAUUGACUCUUCGAAAUGCCAUCCGUGACUCAUUCGCGUUGGGAUUUUAAAUGUUCUAUUUCUUGCGGCAAACAGUCCUGAGGAUUCGCAGGACGCUUUUGAUUUUGUCAUACUUGGUGGAAAUGGCCCAAAAAGACGUAUAUUCUUACAAGGGAAGUCACAUUUUUCUGACUUCCCUUGUGAGAAUAUCGAUCCUUACUGGUGACCUAGUGCAUUUCACAGGGGAAGUACUCCAAGUGCGACGCUCAGAUUUUCUUUAAAUUUUGCACACACGUCGGGCAUGGACUAAAUAUCAAUGCCUGAAAGUUUUAGCUCGCGCUUUGCGGGCGCCGCCGAGAUACUGAACGAUCUUUGACCCCGAGAGAGAACGCUAAACGUGAAGAGCGGUCAGAGAGAAAAGCGCUUUUUGGCCAUAACUUUGGCAGUUUCGCGCGGAAAAAUUUGAUUUUUUGUAGAAACAUUAUCGUUUGCGGUUGAAAUAGGCAUGAAACUUUUCGUGCCGAAAUUCGGGAAAAAGUCCUAAAUUUUCGUCGACUUUCGAUCUAAAAAUCCCGGUUGUUUCUGCAAAGCGCGAGCUACGAUUCUCGUAUAUACCUUAGAAAAAAUUGUUCUAAAUUUGUGCCAAGUUUCAUCAAAAUCUGAGCGUCGCACUUGGAGUACUUCCCUUGUCGGUGGGCUUUUUGCGUGAACUUUGAUUAGCCAUAACUCUGCCCUCAGGGCCCUGAAACACAUUUGGAAGCCAUAUUCUUAUUGCACUGUCUGGGUUCUUCAACAUGCACUAGGCCAAGUAUGGAUCGAUCUGCGAAAAAUAUGUCUUCUCAGCAUUUUUUGUCUCGUUAAUAGCAAAAAUAAAGUAUUUAUCAGUCUGUCGGGAAAAUAAUGAGCACUCUGUCGCAUCGAAAAUCGCAUCGCCGCCGAAAAAAAUUAAUUGUGUCGCGACAAAAUCGAAUUGCUUUUCACUUCAGCGACGCGAUCGAAAUUGCGCUCAAUAUUUUCCGGACAGACUGAUAAUCUCGGUUUACUUUCAAAAUUUGCGAGAUUUCACUCUCUUCGGGCCGCGUUAAUCCGCAAGCCCUUCGGCGGCGGAUUUGUGGCGCCCCAAUCUCCUCUGUUUUGCAUUGUCUUGGGAUUCCGAUUACGGGGCAAAUAUUAUUAAAUAAUAUGCGAUUAAGGGCGGUUUGAGCUGUUUUGGCGCCGCUUUUUUCCCCACGAUAUUUGGCGGGUUUGUAGUGGGAACCAGCAGAUAUACGUAUACAGUGUUGUUUGGUCGGGUUUGAAUUUUUUGGAGACGAAAAAAGUCUGCACUUUAACCGAAUAUUUUUGUAUUUUUUUAUAUGCAAAUUUGUUUUCUUGGAGUUUGCAAUGUUCGGGCACAUUCGAGUAGCCGGGCAACCCUGAAAGGACGGAGCUACUCUCGUAUUCAAUUGUCUCAACCGUAGACAUUUCACGGCCGCGUGGACAUUGCUUUAGAGGGCUUCUUCGGUCAGAAAAACUAAUUGAGAGGAAGAAAUUAGACCACAAGGUACAAAUGUUGCAAGACCGAAAUUUUUUCGGGGGCUUUGAAUAUUUGAAUAUUCAACUUUUUUGGGGUGGAAAUUUGCAUAAUUUUUUUAAAUAUAUUUUUUUUGAUUUCGCAAACUUCUUGAUCCUCAUGACUUUUUUAAAAUAUGCAAAUUUUUGAAAUUUGAAUAUGCAAAUUUAUUUUUUCAAAAAUUUGCAUAUUUAAAUUUUUUGAAAUUUCAAAAAAAUUUUUCGGGUUUACUUAAAUAUGCAAAUUUUUCGAUUUAAAAAUGUAUAUUCAAAAUAAUUUUUUCAAAAAAUUUGCAUAAUUUUUUGAAAUUUUUUUUUCCAAAAAAUUGAAAUUUUGUUGACAGACCGAUACCCAAAAAAAUAUUCGUGUACCCUGAGAUUGCUUUGUUUGGACUUUCUCGCACGAAAGUAAUUGUUUUCGGGCCAUAGUAGAGCAAACUUCAUCCAAAUUCUUGAUUAUUUUUAGUAUUUUGUGAGCUCAAAACUUUCCCAAAUUAUUUUUCCUAGUAAAGAUUGUAAUUUUCCCAUGACUUGCAGUUGUUUUUGAAUAAAAAAUUCAAAAAUUUAUUUUCCCGCCAUUUUUUGGCAUUCUGUUUCAGGUGGAAAAAUGUUGUUUGAAACCAUCAAAAAGUGGGAAAUCUUAAAAGUUUUAAUGUAUUUUACAUUAUUGGUUUCUACGAAGACCCUGAGGGGCUAAAAAUCCUUUAUGCAAAGUGAUUGCCUCCGAGCCAAAAGAGGGGCUUCCACCUUUAAUCGCAAUAAGCAGCUCAUUCCUUGACGUCCGGAUCCUGCACUUCGCCCAUGUGUAAAUACAUCAGUAUUUACGGUGGUGAACGUGCCAUCUUUUUUACUGCAGGCUUUAUUUCUCAGUAAAAAAAAAUUUUGUUUGAAGAUGCUCUACUAGGCGGGCCAAAAAGUCUUGACAUGUUUUCGCAUUGUGCGGAGAGAAAGUUCACAUGGGAAGUACCUCCAGAGUGACAUCCAGUUUUUGAUAAAAUUUGGCACAAAUUUAGAGCGUUUCAUCUCUGGCCGAACUCCGCGUUUCGUGUACUCUCUCUCUCUCUCUCUCUCUUUCAAAAGCCGUACAAAAAAUUCAAAAAGUUUUUUGAUUUCCAAUACAAAAAAAGGUUUGGUGAUUUUGGAGAGUGACAGUUAUCAUUCUGUCGGGAAAAUAAUGAGCACUCUGUCGCAUCGAAAGAUUGAAUUGUGUCGCGGAAAAAUCGAAUUUUUCACCCCAGCAACGCAGUCGGCGUCGCGACAUUGUGCUCAUUAUUUUCCCGACAGAGUGGCAAAGAAAAUGGCGGGUCUCGGCUCCAGAGAAAUCUAAAUUUUUGAAAAAUCGGCGGACUCUCCGCGGAGAAAUUCAAAGAAACAACUUGUCAGUUUGAGUGGCCUACCCUGUACAAUAUCUUGAGUUCGGAUUAGCCUAGAAUUGUUUGCCACGUAUUUGGGAUUUUUUGCUCUCCAAUUGCACAAGGAAUUGAGCGUUUUAACGUCAAGGGUUGUCGAAAAUUCAACAAAAUUUUAAAAAAAAUAUGCUUUUAUGACAAAGAUCUUUUUCGUUUGUCCUCUCGAGAUCAAAAUCUCCAACAAAAAUUAAAUUUCUGAACGUAGAAAAAAUGAGAAGACUGAAAAAUGACUUUUUCUCUGACCGUCUCUCCUCAUUUUCCAUAGUCUCUCGUCUCCAAAAACCUUUGAAUAUCUCAGCCGUGCCUGCAAGUUGUAUGCUCAAAUUUUGAGAGAUCAAAAUUCAUGCCAUUUUUGGGCACCUUUCCAAAUUUGGAAGUUUUUCGCAAGCUGCUUUUCAAAUAGCGAUCAUUUUAAAAUUUUUUUAAAUUUUUUGAAAAAGUCCAUUUUUCGAUAUAAAUAUUUUGAGACAUUGCCUAAAAAAUAUCUUUUAUUUUCCCUCCACAUCGCAGCUGAUUACUCGCCUUUGUAGGAUGCACUUUUUUAUUUACACCUGGCCCAAAAUCCGUAUUAAUUUUGGCCAAUUUGCGGGCCCACUAAAUGUCUUACCUGCACGGAAUCCGAUUACCGCCUCAGGCAAUUUGCGAGAGUUGCGUGCUGCCAAAAUCGGAGAGGUUCUGCAUGGACACGCAUUCUCAACUCGCCCCAAGACUUAACUUUUCUCCGCGUACUUUGGCUGAUAUUGGGUUAAUCCCGCCAAUAUAUCCGAUAUACGGCCAAUAUAUCCGAUAUACGGGGCCGCAAAUUGUUGGUGGUUUGUGUUGGACGAUUGUUCGGACCUCGGGGCUGUCGGCAGGGGAAAAUUAGUAAUUGGGGGCGGGCUUUUGGAGAGCGGUGCUGAUAUUGUUCUGGGUUGGGUGAAGCGGUAAAAAAACGGAAAUUUCUCGAGGCGUAUUGUUUCGAUUUUGAGUAAAUUUGGCACAAAUAUUGCGAAUAGGUUACUUAACAGUUCCUGAAAAUUUUAGCUCGAACUUUGCAGUUGCGGCCGAGUUAUUCAGCAAUCUUUGCCGACGAGAGAGUACGUGAAAUGCGGAGAGCGGACAGAGAAAAAAAUGAUUAUUAAGAAUGCUUAUUCUAAUCGUUGAAAAACGAUGAUUAAAGUUUGGCAAAAGAAUUUUUUACCGUGAUAAAUUACAUUUCUUUUCUGACCGUCUCUCCUCAUCUGACAUAAUCUCUCGUUUGCAAAGAUUGUUGAAUAUCUCAGUUGUACAGUGGUUAAAUUCUGACGCUUUGGUAGCCCGUCCGGGUUUUUGAAUAGCCAUCUACAGUGGGGGACCUGAUCCACUUGCAAAAAACGUCACAUUUUGCAUCCGGGAAGCAUCAAAAAAUGUGGCAAAAUACCUCCCUCUAUAAGGGAAAAAACUCCGAUUUCAAAAGCCUGCCCGCUCUUUUUGAUAAAAGGGCGCGUCCUUCAAAACAAAGUUUUUUCACUUGGAAGCAUUUUGCCACAUUUUUUUCACUUGGAACGGGAGUUACUUUGCCACAUUUUUGAUACUUCCCGGGUGCAAAAUGAUACCUUUUUUGCCGCUGGAUCAGGUCCCUCGCUGUACUUUCAAGAGAGUCAAAAUUUACAGAAGUUGAUUUGUAGCCUCGAUAGAGUAAGCAUGCAAAACUAAUAAUAUUCUGAAUUGUAUAAAUCCCUAUUAUUCAUUGAUUACAACUCCCAGGGGUCGGGUAAUGUGUCAGUAUUUACUGCUCUCCCCUCUGUGCAGCCGACUCCUUGUUUUUGGCCACUUUUUUUAUUACACCUGUAAUACUCAGUCUGCACGCCAAUCCCCACUUUUAGGCUGUUGAAAGUCAUUGCGAGACAUUUUGUACGAGCUAUAAAAAGGGGGAAACAAUUAAUUUUAGCGUUGAUAAGUCAAGAACAGACAUUUUUUUGCUUUUUGGAUACUUUCGGAUACCUUUAAAACCUCCAAAAAAUCCCGUUUUUCAGCUCAAACAAAGUGGCUGUGAAGGAACGUCGUCGUCGGUGGCAUCGACUCGGGAGCCCUCCUCCAGACGUCCCCGUCCGCCGCCUCUGCGGCAGAUCCCCGCUCGCGCCCUCAACAACCUCAGCAGUGUGUCGGCGGAGUCGCUGCGCCGCAAACAGACCUCCAACUCGCAACAGCCCACCUCAAGGUCCGUCUUUCUGAGCCACAGCCGCAGCAUGGAUGCGGAUGUGCCGCCGGCGCCGGCGUCGGCGCCGCUCAAUGAUCGGAAGGUUCUGUUCAGCAGUGAGUACAAUGGUAAGCAGUUUUUGGAGAGAAAACCGCGUUUGCGAUGAGCUUGAUGGUCAGAUUUCUGUGAAACUUGUAACCAAUAUUUCUUUCAGCAUUCUAAAACAUACCUGGAAUUUUUAGUUUUUUUCAGAGUUAACUGAAGAUUAUAGCGCGAAGCUCGGACUAAAUCUUCGCGCAGCUCGGCCCGUUUCAACGUGUUUUUCGAGCUACUCCCGGACUCGAAAAACGUGCAGGCUACGGCUGAAUCGCGAGCUGCGCCCAAGCUGCGAGCUGCGCCCGCGCAACGAUUUUUUUAUUUUCCGUGCUGCGCCCUAUCCUUUUCUAGAUAACUUUCAGGCACAGCCUUCGCCCCAGGAGCCCAGGGCGAAGGCGCUGUCAAACUGCGAGCGUGAUUUGUUUACUGUAGGGGACCUGACCCAAUGGAAAAAAACAUAUUAUCUUGCCUCCGGGAAGUAACAAAAAAUGUGGCAAAAUACCUCCCUCCCCAUGUGAAAAAACUCAGAUUUCAAAAGCGCAUCCCACGGCAACCCGAAAUAGAAGAAACAUGUUUCCCGCCCACUUUUGAGUUUCGUCCAAACGAAGUAUCAAAAUUGACAAAAGAAAUAAAAUAAUUCCGAGAAAAAUAUUUUUCGGUCGGAAAACCCCACGAAAAAUUCUUUUGUGACAUUUUGUUUGAUUUCAACCGAUACAAAAUGGGCGAAGUGUCGAAAGGAGCCAGGAAACACUUCGGGUUGCCGUGCAUCCGCUCUUUUUGUGAGGGAAAAGGGCGCUCCCUUCAAAAAGAAGUUUUUUUCACUUGGAGACGGAAGCAUUUUGUCACAUUUGUUGAAACUUCCCGGAUGCAAAAUGGUACGUUUUUUGCCACUGGAUCAGGUCCGUCACUGUAUUUUUCCGCGCUGCGCCCUACGUUUUUCAGCUAACUCUCAGCGCCUGCGCAUCUGCCCCAAAAACCCGCAGAAAUCACGCGCCAUAAUUUUUUUGUCCUACAAUAGAACGACUAACAUUUUUUUGCACUUUUCUCAUCCAUUCAUCACAUAAAACAGUCGAUUACAAUGUAAUAAUACACACCUAAACUUGUGUCUUCUAUCAUUUUCAUCUCCCAAAAAAAGCAUGACAUAUCAGUUUGUAAGUGGGUUUGCUACAAUUUCCCUCCAUUUCCUUUCAUUCUGAGGCAUUCAAGCCAUAAUUGAGUCAUUUUUGCGCCGGGACAGGUGAAAAAUUGCAAUUGGGAAAAGGGAAUUUUUAGCCCCAAAUUGCACAUAAAUAAUUAAUUUUCUGGCAUUUAACCCGAUUUUGCUCAGCUGGGCAUUUAUCUCGUGUAGUUUUCGGAAUAGAACGCAGUUGUUUGGGUCGGGAUUCUUGGGGUGUUUUGUGGGAAACGAGCUAUUUUUGGGGAAAAAGUAGAUUUUUUACCGAAUUUUUGCCGAAAAAUAUGAGCUACAUAAAGAGCACCUCUCUGAAUGUCUUCAAAUUUUUUAUACAGCCUUUUCAUAGUGAAUAUAUCAAUCUCUGAAGAUUCUAGCUCCCGCCUUUUACGAACAGCAGAGAUUUUUCACUGUCUUUUUCCGAGAGAGCACGAAAAAUGAGGAGAGCCAGGCAGACAGAAAAAAAAAGUUUUUUUUCUUAUAUCUUCGUGGAGACCGCAGAGAAAAACUUGAUUUUUUAUAUCUUCUGGUUACUUUUUUACAUAUCAGUCUGUCGGGAAAAUAAUGAGCACUCAGUCACAUCGAAAAACGCAUAGCCGCCGAGAGAAUGAACUGUGUCGAAAAUCAAAUUGCUUUUCAGUUCAGCGACGCGAUUGGCGCAGAGCUCAUUAUUUUCCCGACAGACAGGUAUCUGUCUGUCGGAAAAAAAUGUGGAUUUGUCGCUGCAAAAUGUCUCGCCGCAAUCGCGGACCAAAUAUCCAGCUGCGGCUACUCGCCGCGAGGCAAUGACGGGCGAUAUCAAAAAAUGUGGCAAAAUGCUUCCCUCUCCAAGUGAAAAAAACUCAGAUUUCAAAAGCGCGCCUGCUCUUUUUGUGAGAAAAAUAGGGCGCGCCCUUCAAAACAAAGUUUUUUUUCACUUGGAGAGGGAAGCAUUUUGCCACAUUUUUGAUAUUUCCCGGAUGCAAACCGGUACGUUUUUUGUCACUGAAUCAGACCGCUCGCUGUACGUCACUGUAAUAUUCUUUGCAUUUUUUUGGCUAUGGAAACAUUGCUGCAUACCUGGGUUACUGUAAGAUGAUAUUCGCAUUCAGCAUGCUGUGAUAUUUUUUACAUUUUUUCACAUUUUUACCCCUCCCCAAGUUGCCAAAUUCGCCAAAAAAUCUUCUUCAAGAACUAACUCAACUUUACAUCCUCGUUUCCCCCACCUCCCUCUCAAAAUCACCGACUCCGCAAAUUAAAUUACAUCCAGCAAAAAUUCCUUCCACCCCAACGGAAUUGCGUGUCCCCUGCGAUCGAAGAGCUGAAGGGGGGUUACCUAGGUGAUGAGGGGGAGUGGGAAACAGUGUAGAAUGGUGCGAAAAAACAUUCACACCGGGGCGAGAUUUUUAAUUAUUUUCGUGUAUGAAGCGCGCUCUUCACACCGCCGCUGUUAUUUAGGGCGAAAUGGGUAAGUGAUACGGAAAUUUUGAGCUUAUUUUUGGAAAUUUGUGAUGCUAUAAAAAAUCGUGAUGAUAUGGCGGCGAUGCGAUUUUUGAUGCGACGGAGUGCAUAUUAUUUUCCCGACAGAUAUGAUAAAUAAUUUUUUUACUAGUCGAGAAAAAAAUUGCGAGAAUUUGUCGCGGCGCGAGGUCUGUCGCACUUUGAAAAAAUGAUUAGUCGUAAAAAAUCUAGAAAUUUACAUUAGAAUUCUUCAAGACCGCAAUUUUUAGGUCGAAAGUUUGUAAAAAUUCAAAAAUUUUUUUCCAACUUUGGGCUUGAAGAAAUCUGUAUCUGUUUCCGGCACAUAGGAAAAUAUUAUUUCUUCUAAAUAUCACCUUUUCCCCCAGCGAAUUGUUUGUGUCAAAGAAUAGCAAAAGACGGAGCAUUUUGCAUCCGGGAAGUAUCAAAAAUGUGGGAAAAUGCUUCCCAGUGAAAAAACUCUGAUUUCAAAAGCGCGCCCACUCUUUUUGUUAAGGAAAGCGCCCUUCAAAACGAGGUUUUUUCACUUGGGGAGGGAGGUAUUUUGCCACAUUUUUUGAUGCUUCCUGGAUGCAAAAUGGUACGUUUUUUCCACUGAAUCAGGUCCGUCGCUGUAUAUAAAUGUGGUCAUAUCACAAAAAAUUUUUCCCAAAUCGCGACUUUCGGUGUGCAAAAAAGUCGACGCCCAAGUCGAAAAACUGGUGUCGACUUAAUUUUUUCAGCAUCGAAUUCCGAAAUGCGGUGCUGACUUAAGCACUUAAGUCUUCGGUGCAGACUUAAGACUUUGUGCACUGAUUUCGAAAAACUUAGAAAAUUUUACCGGAUUUCAGAGUUUGGUGCCGAGAAAAGAAAUAAGUCGACGCCAGUUCUUCGAUUUGGGCGUCCACUUAUCAGUCUGUCGGAAAAAUAACGGCGGAUCGUCGCAUCAAAAUGUCUCGCCUCGCCGCUAUCGCGCACCAAAUCCCAAGCCGCGGCUUGCAGUCGCAGAGCGAUGAUGGGCGAUUCCGAGGCGCGACGAUCCGCCGUUAUUUUCCCGACAGACCGAUAGUGAAAAGCAAGUGCUCAUUAUUUUCCAGACAGACUGAUAUUACUAGGCUGCCAAGACAUUCUUGACAUCUUUUCGCAUUACUUUACUCAUCACCGAACUCACCGCCAAAUUUUUCGCGCGACAGCGCCCCAUGCAAACAUGUCAAAAGACCCUUUCUUGGGCCGGCGUUUUUUUUCAAAAAUCCCUGCCCUUUGUGCCGAUUAAAACAAUCCCCACAUUCAUUCGGUUGUUUGCAGGCCAGCCCGAGAAGACGGACGUGGAGAGUGGGCAAGGUGUGCUGGGUGGGAAGCACACCACCUUCGCCGACAUCCCACCCGCUUAUGGGGUAGGUCAACAAAAUAAUUAAUUUUAUGGAUUCUCCCAUUCUUUCGCCGCAAAUCUCCCCCAACUUUCGCGCUUUUUUGCAGGAGCGAAACAUGUCCAUUGUGGGGGCGCCGUUGGUCUACAAGCACUAUCGCACCGACCAGAAGUUCCGCCGCAUGCAGUCCAACAUUCACAACUUUUUGGAGCGGCCGCGCGGCUGGCGCGCCGCCAGCUAUCAUCUUUUAGUGUGAGUUGGGGGUUUUUUCGCGGGAGGAUUUUUACAAUUUUCGGAUUUUUUAAAAAAAUUAAAAAAACUCAAGCUUAAAAUGAUUUUUGCGAUAUAUUCAAAAAUUAGGUAAAAUUUCUCGACAAAAAAUUUGCAUAUUGAAAAACAUGCAAAUUUCGAAAAAAAUCAACAAUCGAAUAUUUUGAUAAUUUUGCUUUUUCGCACGUUAAACUUAAAAAAUUAUAAAAAUUUGAAUAUUUUGAAUUAUGUUAAUUCUUUAUAUUAAAGUUUGCAUAUUCAAGGCUAUGCAAAUUUACGACAAAUUUUUUUGAAAUUUUUGUUUUUUUAGCAUCAAUAAAUCCAAUUUUUUUUGUGGUUAUGCAAAUUUUUUCAAAUUAAAAUUUGCAUAUUCAAGAUGUUAUGCAAAUUUUCAAAAUAUCUUUUUUUUAAAUUUGCAAUUUCUAAGGAUUAAAACACCCAAAAAAAUUUAAUUAUGCAAAUUUUUCUAAAAUUGAAAAUUUGCAUAUUUAAAGUUAUGCAAAUUUCAAAAAAAAAUUUUUUUUUUGAAUUUUGAAUUCCCAAGCAUUAAAAUACACAUAAAAUUUUUAAUCAUACAUAUAUAAUUUUCAAUAUAAAAAAUUUGCAUUUUCAAGAUUAUGCAAAUUUCCAAAAUAUUUUUUUUUCGAAUUUCCAAAAAAAAUCUCUCAUUUUAAACCCAUAAACACUCCACCCAAUUGUACUACACUUUUUUCGCCCUCAACAAAACCAGUUUUCAGUCUUGUUAUGGUUCUAAUGUGCCUUGCGUUGAGUGUGUUCUCCACGAUGCCCGACUUCGAAGAGCAGGCGACGGUGGUGCUCUUUUACAUUGUAAGCCGGCGCGGUCCGCUUCAGCGGGGCCACUCAUUUCGCUAAUGCACAUUUUUGUAUUCUUGCAGGAGAUCAUCUUUGUUUUCUGGCUGGCGGUGGAGUACGUGUGCCGGGUGUGGUCGGCGGGCUGUCGGUCGCGCUACCGCGGCGUCUCGGGUCGGAUUCGGUUCGCCACCUCUGCCUAUUGUAUUAUUGGUCAGUUUGGAGGGGACUUUAGGGUUAUCCCGGGAUUUUUAGAGCAAAAAAAUUAUAAAAAGUAGAAAAAUCAUCAAAUUUUUGGCCAAAAAAUGGAAAUUAUUCAAAUUUCCCGCUCAAGAUGAAACCUAACAAAAUUUUAGAUUAUAGGCUUCCAAGACCUACGACAAAAUUUUGGCUUCCCUUUUACGGAAUCCACUGAGAUUUUCUUCGUCGGAAAUUACCGUAAAAUAUUUUUGUACAGAAAUAUGGCAAACAAAAAAUAUCUGGGCGAAAAACCCUUGGCUAUAAAUUCGUUCCAUUUCCAGAUAUAAUCGUCAUCACCGCCUCGAUUUUGGUGCUGUGUAUGGGUGCUACUGGACAGGUGAGAAAUUGCCGCAGGGCAUUUUUAAUUUUUAAGCGCGGUUCUUGUUCCGAAAUCCGAGAUUUUUGAGAUUUUGAGGGAAUUUCAAAAAAAUAAGUAAAUAAAAAAUCAGAAAAAAAUUUUUUUUUCGCAAUUACCUGAGGCAUUUUUAAACUGAAAAAAGUAGGUUUUUGAUGGAUUUUUUUGAUUAUUUUGAUAUCCGUUAGUCGGGAAAAUAAUGUGGAUUUGUCGCGCUUUGAAAUCGCCGAUUACCCCAUUGCAACGGUAUUUAGUAUUUUCAGAAAGUGCAUAGACAUUUUUCGGCGUUCGCACAGUGCAUUUGAACUUUUUCCCGCGCUUGUCGCCAAUGCACAGUGCGGUUUGAACCUUUUCCGGCGCUUGUCGCGAACGCACAGUGCAUUUUGAACUUUUUCCCAUGCUUGUCGCCAAUGCACAGUGCAUUUUUUCUUUUCCCUUUUCGCACAGUGCAAACCACAAAAAAGCCGUCACUGUGCAAAUCGUCGGCAAAACCGCGACAAGAAAAGCUUACGUCGCAGCGAUAUUUCAAAUGCACAGUGCAAAACCAAAAAAAAAAGAAGGAAAGGAGGAAUGCACGGUGCAAAAUCUGAGAGGUUUUUUUUGCACGGUGCGGGCCGCGACAAAUGUCCAUGCACUUUAUGAAAAUUGAAAUAGCCGCGACUGGGAAUUUGAUACGUGAUUGUGACAAGAUGAGGGAUUUUUCUGCGACAAGUCCACAUUAUUUUCCCGACAGACUGAUAUUUCCAAUUUUUCAAAAAAUUUUCAAAUUUUUCUAAAAUUUCACCUCAGGCAAUCAACUCAAAAAAAAAUUUGUCAUUUUUUUAGCCAAAAUUUUGAUUUUUUCCACGAAUUUUUGAAACUAAAAAAAAAAAUUUUCUCAAAAAUUCCCAAAAAAAAUCGAAAAAAGCAGUGUUUAUUCGAGCCCAUUCCGGUUAUAGUAUACUUCCCUUUGUUGGGUUUGACAAUUUGACGAAACCCCCCGUUUCGCUUUUUACGAGUAUUUGCCUUCGUUCCAGGUGUUUGCGGCGAGUGCCAUUCGAGGGCUGAGGUUCUUUCAAAUCCUGCGAAUGCUGCGGAUCGACCGGCGUGCGGGCACGUGGAAGCUGCUCGGCUCCGUGGUGUGGGCGCAUCGACAGGUAGGGAGAGUCAAAAACCAAUUUUUAAAUAUACGCUUACCGUAGUCCAAAGAGGAUUUUCGGUGGUUUUGGGGGGUCUUUAGGGUCAAAAAUCAUUUUGUAAAGUUUUCGUGGUGGGACCCAAAAUUUUUGAGAAAGCGUAAAAAAAGCGAAAUUCGGAUUGUCAUGAGCUUUUUUGGGUAUUUUUAUGCAUUUUCGUGACAAUUUUUUUUCAUUUUUUUAUAAAGUUUUCGUGGUGGAACCAAAAAUUUGGGAAAAGUGUCUAUAAAAUGUGUCAUCGUGAUGGAAUUAUAAUUCUGAUGUCUGAAAAAGAAUUUUGCUCUCAUUUUAAAACAAAAAAGUUUAGAAAGCGACAGCCAAAAAAAAUUUUUUUCUGACUUGUCAUUUUCUAUGGUGCCUCUACGGCAAAAGACGUUGAAUAUCUCGGCUGUGCCUGAUAUUCAAUGCAUGAAAUUUUUAGGGAUAGGAACAUAGCCUAAUCACAAUGUUCAUGCAAAAUUUGAAGAAAAUCCGAGGGAAGAAAAUUGAGUUAUGCGGAAAACAGAAACCUAUAGCGCAAAACGGAGAUUUUUUCAUUUCUCUGCCGAAAAAUCGCUUAAAAAUCUCCAAAAAUGCUGAUUUAUCGGAGAACAACUAAAUUGAUCGUAUUUUAAAACCCUCUUUUUACCUCCAAAAUCAGUUACUGUAACAUUUUUUAAUUUUUUUCAGGAGCUUCUAACGACCUUGUACAUUGGAUUUCUCGGCCUCAUUUUCUCCAGUUUCCUUGUUUACAUUUGCGAAAAGAAUUACAAUGAAAAGUACACCACCUUCGCCGACGCCCUUUGGUGGGGCGUGAUCACGCUGACGACGGUGGGCUACGGCGACGUAACGCCUUCAACGUGGCCCGGCAAAGUUGUUGGCGCUUUUUGCGCUCUCAUGGGGAUUUCGUUCUUCGCACUGCCCGCUGUAAGUUUUUUGGUGAUGCGUUUUUUAUAAUUGUAUUUUAUCAGUCUGUCGGGAAAGUAAUGUGGAUUUGUCGCGCUUUGGAAUUGCCCAUUAUCGCUUUGCGGCGGGUAGCCCUGGCUAGAGAUUAGCGACUGCGACAAGGCGAGAAAUUUAAGCUGCGACAAACCCACAUUAUUUUCCCGACAGACUGAGAGGUUGGCAGCUGGAGAUGGGAGGUUUAUGACGCUAAUACCUUGGGAAAUGAGUGAGCAAAAAAUGCAAAAAAAGGGUUUCUGGGAUAUACGAGAUGUCUAUUUUUACACCAAUUUCAUUUUUUUGUAAAAUUGCCCGAGGGCAUUCUGAAAUUUACAAUUUUUUAUUACUAUCAUCAAAAUUUUGUUUUUGCAAUUUUUGCUUUCCUAAUUGCUGCUUAAAAGCAAUUUUGCUAAAAAUUGAAAAUGCUAUUUUUCUAAAUUCUAUUUCUACCAGUUUGUCGGGAAAAUAAUGAGGAAAAUACGCAUCGCUUCGCCAAUCCCGUCGCUGAAGUUAAAAGAAAUUUGAUUUUGCCUCGACACAAUUCAUUCUCCCGGCGGCAAUGCGAUUUUCGAUACGACAAAGUGCUCAUUAUUUCAUUAUUUUCCCGACAGACUGAUAUUCCCUUAUUUUUACCCAUUUUUCGGCCAAAACGCCCUUCUGGAUAUGGCUAAAUUCGUUUGCAAUUUAAAAUACUACUAAUUAUAUAAUUUACUACAGUCUCAUCGUAAAAAUACUCACAAUGAAUUUAGGGUAUAUUGGGAAGUGGGUUCGCCCUGAAAGUCCAACAACACCAACGGCAGAAGCAUCUGAUCCGACGAAGAGUCCCAGCAGCACGACUCAUCCAAUGCCUCUGGCGGCAUUACUGCUCAUGCGCCGAGAGCAGGUCGCUGGCCACGUGGAAAAUAUAUUUGGCACCUCCACCAGUCGUGUAAGCCAGAUUUUUUGAGAUUUUUUGAAUUUUAGGUGGCUAAAUUGAUUUUUUGCAUGACAAAAAAAUCGCGGAUUUGGUUCAAAAUUGGCGUGGGAGCUUUGUUUAGGUCAUAAAGUAACCUCUGAAAAUUUUAGCUAUGUAUCUUUGAGAGAAAGAAGCAAAAAUCAAAAAAAAAAUGGGAUUUUUUGAAACUUUGGCGUAAAAAUCUCGAUUAUUUCUGCAAACCGCGGGCUAAAAAUUUCUCAUAUGUCUUAAAAAAUCGUAAUUUUAAUUUGCAAAAAGUUUAUUCAAAAUCUAUCAAAGAAUUUCCGGUAAAACGAAUAAUUGGACGAAAUGUCACAAAAUUUUUGACAUUUCGUCAAUUUUCUAAAAUCUUCAAAUAUCAUUUAUAAUGUCAUCUUAGCAUCAAAAAACCACGCUAAAAAUGUUUUUGCGCUAAGAAAAAGCAUGCAAAAUGAAUUAAUUUUGGGUUUUUACACAUCUUUUCAGCGAGCCCACCUACACGAUGCCGCAUCAGAACAGCCUGAUCAGCCGACUCCGGCACUCGACCCGUCGUCGACACCACAAUCACACGGAGUCAGAGGGUUUGCAAUCGCUCUUCCAAAAACUGGGCAUUUGCCACUUUGCAGACUACCGCUCCCAGACCCCGCCCGCCGAAACGCUGCACGCGCUCGGCGCCAUGAAAAACCUGCUCGUGCCGCGGCCCUCGGACAAUCAGAGGUGUGUUGUCGGUGCUUGCGGUGUGGCCCGUUGUAGAUUGUAGUGGUUAAAUUAGUCAGUAGUUGCUAGUAUCAGUGAUUUUUGGCAUAUCAAAAAAAAAACUUUUUUUUCGAAAAUCCAAAAAAAAAAAUUUUUUAUUUUAUUUAAAAAAAUUAAAUUUUGAUGUGCCAGAAAAUUGUGGAGAUUAGAAAUCAGCCGUUAUUUGUGACCAAAUACUAAGCGUUUUGCUCUUUUAACCCGUUUAACCCCGCUGUGUGACCAGGGGUUCGAGUGUGCGCUGCGAUCGCCAACAGUAAGUGUGUGCAAAUUAUCCGUCUGUGCAACCAAACUGAGUGGUUUUUUGCGGUGCUAUGUUGUUGUGGCUUGUAAAAACAAUGCGCUUUGCCUUCUAUAAUAUAUAUUUUGAUGGAAAAAAUUCACAAAAAAGUUUCAAAUUUUGAUCAACUUCUGGACCAAAAAUCUUGGUUUUUUCUACAAAGCACAAGGUAAAAAUUUUGCAUAUGGGUUAGAUAAGAUUGCUCUAAAUUUGUGGGAAGUUUCAUUAUAAUUUGAAUAUUGUACUUUGACGAUUUAGCCGGUUGAAAAUUAACAAAAUUUACUCCAAAUGUCGUCAGAAAACAGCUUUUUUAAUACAAAAAAAUCAUCAUUAGAGUAGAAAGCACUUAUCAAAAAAAAAUGCCCUUGUACUCUGCAUCAUAGAGUACAGUGACGGAACUGAUCCAGUGGCAAAAACGUACCAUUUUGCAUCCGCGAAGUUUCAAAAAAUGUGGCAAAAUGCUUCCAACGCCGACUAGAAACACUCCGUUUUGAAGAGGUCCCUCAGAAAAAGGGCAGGCGCGCGUUUGAAAUCGGAGUUUUUUCACUUGGAAAGGGAGUCAUUUUGCAGCAUUUUUGAUACUUCCCGAAUGCAAAAUUUUACGUCUUUUGCCAUUGGAUUGCCGUCACUGUAGAGCUCAUCAACAAGAAAUUGUAAUGGAACAAAAAACAUUUUUUUGUUAUAGAAGGGCUUCGUUGUACAGAGGUUUAUUUUUGAAAGUUUUGAAAUCGACUCUCGGGACUAUAGUUCGUUAUAGAGAGGUUUCGUGGCACGGAAAUUUGUGGUAUAAAGGCUCUGGAACCCACCAAAAUCCCCCCUCACUGUCUGCUGUCGUUUGCCGUGCACGCUCUCUCCGCUGGUCCGCUUUUCUCGCUGGUUCCGUGUAUUAAUCGUGUGCAUGUAGGCAUUUUAGCAUUGUGUCGGCGUCGGACAUCAGCGAGAUUGAGAGUCUCGGCGCGCUGGGCUUUUCGUUGGGCUCGUGGAAGAGCAAACACAAACAGCAUCACUACCAUCAGCGGAAGUCGCUGAGUGCGUCGGCGAUGCCGAUCGUCGUGGAUGACAAUCGAAAUGUGACCAAUAGCACGUUUUUGGGUAAGUUGUGAGAUUUUUUUUUUUCGUUUUUUUGGGGUUUUAGGAACGAAAUUUAUUUCCAAAGUUUUCGUGGUGGGACAAAAAAUUUUUGUAAAAAUGUCCAAAAAAUAGGUCAUCAUGACCCAAAUAGCAAAGAAAGAAUUGAGAACAUGCUUUUUACACUCUAUUUUUAAUAUUGCCUCCGGCGUUUUUUUAUCAAUUUCGAUGAUUUUUUAUUUUUUGGGUCCCACCACGAAAACCUUCUACUCCUAUUUUUCAGCAAAUUUUAAUACUUUUUGGGAUUACUAACUCAUUUUAAAACUUAUUUAACCCUUGUUUUCAAUAUAUAUUCUUUUUUUGAGCUGUUUUGCCUGGUCUUUUGUCUUCUCCAUGAGUGUUAAUGUAGUCCAGUUGUUUGCCGAGUUUUAAAAUGCUUCCCUCCGCUCACAAUGUGUGUCAAUGUCUCCCGCAGCACGUCAAAUUUAACCCUAAAAUUUUUUGAAAUGGCAUUUUGUAUGGUUUUUCAAAUUUCUAAAAAAAUCGUCAUGAUGACAUAUUUUUUGGAAAUUAUUGAAAUUCCAUGAAUUCGUAUCAGAGGCCGUAUUUUUAGUUGAUUUUUACCAUCUUUUUACAUUUUUAGACAGUGUGUCAAAAAAUUGGACGAAAUGUCAAAAAAAAUUUUUACGAAAUGUCAAAAAAAAUUUUUUGAAAAAAUACCAUUUCAAGAGUUUUUUGUCCUCCCAAUACCCCAAACUUUGACGUGCGCCCGUUUUACUCGUCUUUUACUCGUUCGUUUCGUACGCUUUUCGCAUUUACAGCACCGCCCGCGCCGUCCAUGGGCAACAACACGGCGCCGCCGCCCAACGCCCACCAACGCUCCUCCACGUCGCCGCCGGGCACCAGCGGCUAUCGGUCGUCGUCGCCGGGCGACAAGAAGGAGCGCGGGCGGUCGCGUCGCAACUUCACGAAGGCCAUCCGCGGCUCGCGCUCCAUCGCGCUGCGGGACACGGACCCGCCGGCGGCGCUGCUGGUGGGCGACUACAUGAUCGCGCCGCUGUACGAGUGGUUCGAGCGGAUGCGAGUGGUGGCGGACGGGGCCGAGUCGACGGACAACGCGACCGAGGACGGGGACGAUGGGAGCCGGCUGGACGACAACAGCAUCCCGGGCACGAUGCCCGGCACACCGCUUCUGAAUGGGAGUGAUGUGGAGCCGAGUGGAGGUGAACACUUUUUGCAUAGCGUUUUUGUUGCAUUCGCCCUUUUUUAUGAUGAUUUGUAGACAGUGUACGUUGUAAUACAGAGUAUUUGUUUCAUAGCCUAGAUGUUUCGUAAGUCACCCUUGGAGAGUUGUUUUUAUCGACCAGUCGUAGCUCACACUGUGAAAAACGUAUACUAUAGAGUAAAUAUUCGAUAAGUGACUGUUACCUUCUCCAGUGUAUCCUUGUGUUCAUAAAUUCUCUUUUUUUUAUUAUGCUGAGGGGAACAGGUCAAAUUUUUACAAAAAUUUUUAUCAAUUUGUCGGUAAAAUAAUGAGCGCAAUGUCGCUGCGCUAAUCCCAAGUGAAAAUCAAUUUGAUUUUGCCGCGAGACAAUUCAUUCUCUCAGCGAAGAUGCGAUUUUCGCUGCGACAGAAUGCUCAUUAUUUUUCCGACGUACUGAUAAAUAAAACUGGGAUAAAUUGAAGAACAACAGUCAGAUUUUUAUCAAAUUUGGUGCGCUUGUAGGCUACAUUUCAUGUCCUCAAAGUUUUGACUGUUUUCUAGCUUUGAUUGGCCAAGAUAUUGAACGAUUUUUUGAAACGAAAAAGCAUCAAAAAAUGCGUUGAAAAAACAAUUCUUUUCUAGAGCCGCUGCUCUCCCUACCAGAGAUUGCCACGGCUCCGGAGACGGCUCUUGGCUUCGGCUCUGAGCGGCUCCGGCCCCUGAACCCAAAGUCGGAGCCAGGCUUCUGAGCGUUCAAAAAGAGGGAGUCCUGUGAUGAACAAAAAUUCCAUUUUGGCCCCCAAAAUACAUUGGAAAAAUCCAAAAUUUGCAACAUUUUUCAACCAAAAAAUUUUUGAUGAUUUCUGCAAAAAGCAAAUUGAAGAUUCGAAUUUCAAUUUGCCCCCUUUUUUCAUCAUAAUCUGAAAUCUCCGCUGCAGUAAAAUCUUUUAAGAUUUUAGAAAAAUCUACCUCCAAUUUGACCUUCCCCUUCAGUUCAAAACCAAUUUCCCGACCUCUCCUCUGCUUUCCCUCUCUUUCCUUUUCUUCGGUGAGGUUAAACUUUGUUCAGAGGUCUACGAACGUCCCGAUCGGCCGCCUUCGGCCGAGCCCCGCCGAAGCUCCGCGCAGAAGCACGUGCCCGCACGGCGCGCCCUCUCCGCCGUGGACUCAACCGACCGCGUCGAGGAGACCUUCUCCAACUUCUGGUCGCCAUUCGUCGCGUGCGCGUCGGCGCAGAACCGCCGCCGAAGCCGACGCCGCCAACAGUCGUUGCAGACAUUAACCGGUACAGACUUGGCCUAUUUUCCCGCACCGAGUGCCGCUUUUGCGUUGUGCAACUUUUUUUGGUUUGUGGUUUGGUGCUGUUUUUGAGUUUUUUCUCUUUUUUCUUUCGCCCCAUCUUCUUGUUUUUCCUUUGGUUCGCGUUUCCGAUUCAAGUCUCUUUCAGUUGAGGGCUGUGGGUUCACCGGGGCAGAGAGUGUCAACGAAAAAUAUGAAUUUUGGAGAGAGGAGAUUUGAAUUCGGCGUUUUUGGAGAAAUUCCAAAAAAUACGUCAUUUUUUGAAAAAAAUUUAAUAUAAGCUAGCAAGUAGCGUAUCAGCAGACAAAAAAUUUUUAUGACAUCCUUGUUUGUCAAACGAGCCAAGUUUACCCUUAAUUUGGUCAAAAGUAAAAUUUGAAAGCAUGUCAUCAUGACGGAUUUUAUAGACUUUUUAAAAAAAUUCAAUGAUUUUGAAGGACUGAAAGGUUUUUCUGUGUUAUAAUAGAUGUUUAGAGACUAGUAAAGCCAUUUUUUACAGUUUAUUCCAAAAAAUAAAUACGUCAUAAUGACGGAUUUUUUGGAAAUUUUUUUUAAAAUUCGAAUUUUCUAUAUUUCGUGUCAUGACUUCCUUUUAGCGUCCAAAAUCAUAUUUUCACAUAUUUUUUUACAUGUCAUCAUGACGGAUUUUUUGGAAAUCUCCCAAAAAUGCCAAUUCAAACAAAAAUCUCAAAACUCCGCCGUUGACGUUGCAACGUUUGCAGUGAGCAAAUGUCCUAACGCUUCCUAAUCACGCCCUAACAUUACCCGAACUCCGAUUUCAGACGAAGAACCGCCCUCGUUGCAACCCAAAUCCCUGGAGGAGUUCACGCCGGUCCUGAAGAACGUGGUGCGCGCGAUACGAAGGAUUCAGUUGUUGGUGGCGAGACGGAAAUUCAAAGAAGCCCUGAAGCCGUACGACGUCAAGGACGUCAUCGAACAGUACUCCGCGGGCCAUGUGGACUUGCAAGCGCGAGUCAAGGUUGUGCAGCAGAAAUUGGAACAGAUCGUGGGGAAAACGGGCUCGAAGGAAGAGGUCAAAGUCACGCUGACAAAUCGAGUUGUCAAGGUGGAACGACAGGUAAAUACGUACCAUACACCAUAAAAAUUUUUACAUAAAAAAUUUCAGGUCGAAAAAAUCGACAAGAAAAUCGACCUGUUGGUUGAGAUGUUCUUGGAAGAUCGUCGUCAUCGCCUUAUUAACUCGAAUGCUCCGCCAUCGCGAAGUUCCGCGCCCAGCGCGCCCAAACCCACUCGUCAAAAUGCUCAUCGAGAACCCUCACCUCCUCAUUCGGCGGCCGGCCGACUCGCCAUGACCACUCCGUCGUCGCAACUUUUGUUACAGUAAGCCGAAAUGUGUCGCGAAUCCAUCCUUCCGUGGUUAGAAAUCUAUGUCCUUUGUGUGAGUACGAGCUAUCGAUGGACUUUUUUUUUUAUUUUUUUUGGUGACUUUAUUCUUUUAUGGUUUCUUUGAUUUUUUUCCGUCCUAUCGUAACUUUUUUCUCCAGCAAUUGAAAACUUAUCCCAACCCAACAAAACCCUCUGAUUUUCAGCAAGAACUCAGUGCCGGGCCGUUCGCCAGCGCCCAUUCAAAUUGUCUCGGCGCGCCGUCUCCAAUCCCUCGGCCUCAUCCCGACUUUCGAGCAGUUGAAAAAGUUCUCAAGCCGCGCCGAACGCUCCCAACGACCGGUCGGCAUCUCGCGCUCGAACAGCCAAGAGCCCGGCGCAAUGACCGCCGCUUCCUCGUCGGACACGGCCGAAAUGCUGACGGUCCGCUCGCAUUUCAGCAGCAAUGUGGACGCCACCGAAGAAACGAAACUCUUGCCCGACUCCAGUUGA